AUGGCGGCGAUCAGCUGCUUCAAUUGGGGGACAGUUGCCUCGCUUCUCCGCUACGGCGUGGUAGGGGCUUGGGCACAACACGACGUGGGCAGUUAUAGUACCGAUGGCCUAACGAAGAAAGAAAGAAGUUUUUACUCUUUCUACCAAGUAUUUUCGGGUGAGAAAGUGAAGCGAGCUAAUCCCGAACGCGGCUGCAGCGCCGUAUACGUGGUGCCACCUCUCCCGGCGGAGGGCCCGAGUGUUUUGGGCAGCUACUGGCGGCGCAGGCUGUGGCGCAACGGACGCGAGGCGAGGAGCAAGAAACACGGUUAUAAUGGGCGGGGGCUGACAGGGGACGCUGCGUGGCGGUGGUGCGGCGUAAGGGCAGAGCCAGCCCGCUGUCCGGUCGGCAGCAGCCUUGAGGCUUUAUGGAGGCGAGGCCACCGCAGCGCGUGUCCGGAGACCAGCCACCAGCCGCGGGAAGGCGGGGGGCGGCCGCGGAGGGGCGCUCCACUGCCUGGCGUAUAUAAGGCCCGCGCGCCGCCUCACGCCACGACGCCACCACCGACCGACGCACGACAUUUGACGCGGGACGCACGCAACGCUGCAGACAUGAGGACCAUGGUGACGGUGUUGCUGCUGGCGGCGGCGCUGUGUGGGGUGAUGGCCGCCCCCGCCCCCGCGCCGUCGCCCUCGCUGCCGCUGGUCUACGGCUACUCGACGCCGCUGCAGUACGCGGCCGCCCUCGGCUACACCGGGCCCCUCAUCAAGCCAGCCACCACCAUCUACACCGGAUACUCCGCCUACCCCUACACUUACGGUUAUGGCUAUGGAUAUCCGAGCUACUACUACCUCUGAUAACAGGGGCUCAUCUACUAACCUACCAGAAACGGAUGAACACACUAUCAACAAAGCACCUGAAAAUGUUUAAAACUUAUUUAUACAUUAUGUUAUAAACAAAUUAUGCUUAAUAAAGGUUUUAAUGACUUUUCACA